AUGGAUCCUGCCUCAUUUUCCUUCGCAGUAGUCGGCAUGUUUUUUACAUGCGCAAAAGGCUAUAAGAUCUUUUCAGACGCUUACAAGGCACCAGCGGAUGCCCAGAAAGCAGCUCGAGAUGUGCUGAUUGAAGGGUGUACUCUAGAGGUUUGGGGCGAGCACUUUGAAAUCCAUCAAGCGAAAGACCAGCGAAGCGAGAAGCUCAAAAUCCAUCUGCUGAGGGGACCCAUGUUGUAUGGUUGCUUUGAGGCCCUUUGCGCCAUAUCCGAGAUCUUUACGGACAUCAAGGGGUUGGACAGGAAAUACGGCAUCUGUUUCAAUUAUCAUUCGAAAGGUGAUAGAAGUCCGCAUAUACCUCGAAAUGUUCGAGCUCUACUGGAGGGGCGUGAUCCGUCACGGAGUCCAUCACCAGCAGAGCGAAACGAAAAGAACGGAGAAAUGGAUCGGAAAGUCCAUGACUACAACAACAAGAUGUCGCUUCUUCAGAAAUGUCGAUGGAGUUUGAAAGGCAAAGGUCAUGUUGAAACACUCCUCAAGGAUCUCAGAAAGUACAAUGAUGAUCUUGUUCGUCUUUGCACGUGGGAGGCGCAAGCACAAAUAAACCGGGGUUUACCUACCUUUGCCUUACCACAGUGCAAAAACUUCCUCGAUCUGCAUUUCAUGGCCGACUCCGCCCAGGAUGCUGCUAAAGACAAGUCCUCACCAAUGGCCGAUGGUCGUGAAAGGAUUGCGGAAAUGGCCAGGUUCAAAGCGAAAGUGGUUACACCUGCUCAAGUUUCUAAGCGGUUCCGAGCCCGUUGGCGUCUUCUUGAUAAAAGGGACUAUGUUGUGAAAACAUCUGGUCCUCGGACGCUUGCAAUCUCUCGGCAGGAUCAGCAAAUAGUGUUUGUUGAGUGGCAAUCCUAUAUUGGUCAUGCAGGUCGACCUAAUAAGCUCGCCGAGGAACAAAUCCAGCAACUUGGAGACUUCCUCAGUGUCCCCGAUCGUCCACAUGACUUCCGUAUACUAGACUGCAUCGGACUGUUUAAGGAUGAACCAAAUUCUCGAUACGGUGUGGUGUAUCACCUGCCCUCGUAUAUGCGCGAUCUCGCGCGCCGCACUCGCCCUGAAAACCUCGGGCACGUCUGCAAACCAAGUUCAUUGACCCAUCUCCUGGACAAUGUUGAUGCUAUACUUGACCUCGGCUUUCGCUUCGAUCUAGCAAAGAAGCUCGUGUACAGUAUCGUUGUGCUGCACACCUGCGGCUGGUUGCAUAAGAAUAUCCGCUCCAACAACAUCUUUUUCUUCCCAGCUCGACCAGCUGACAACAAGAGCUUUGAGAACCGCCGAAAGGACCUUGGCCGUCCCUAUAUCAUGGGCUAUGGGUUGUCGAGGCCUGAUGACGUUGUCCAAUCAAAUGAACACGAUGAUCGUGGGCCGCAGCACUACUCAAGGAGCCCUGAGGUCCAAAGGUCAGGUGGCUUUAUUAGUAGACGGGUUGAGGUAGGAAAAACAGCCGAUCAUGAUAAACUUCUGGUUCGCCCAUCUAGGUCUCAUGAAUGGGGCUCCGACGCCGAUGAAAAGCCUCAAUUAAAUAUCUAUCAACACCCGGACAAAAUGGCAAACCCCGCCCGUCGCUUCCGACACAGCUACGACAUAUACUCACUAGGUCUGGUGCUCUUGGAAAUUGGACUGUGGCAGAGUCUUCAGACGUUUGAGAAUGGCCAGUGGGACGAUGCCUAUGCUUUUCGACACUUUGUGCUCACUAAGCUGGUUCCUGAUCUAUGGGGCCAGUGUGGAUCGAUUUACGGCGGUGUCGUGAAAGAUUGCUUGAAGAUGUCGAGCGAUAUCGGUCUGGAGGAUGAAGAGGGACGAAGAUUGGCUUGGAGUAUCGCUGAGAGGUUGAACUUGUGCAAUGCAUGA